UUAAAACCAGGAAGGAGUCUUAUGGAUUGGAUUCGACUAACUAAAAGUGGGAAGGACUUGACUGGUUUAAAAGGGAGGCUAAUUGAAGUGACCGGAGAUGAGCUUGCUAAGCACAACAAAAAGGAGGACUGCUGGAUAUGUAUAAGAGGAUUUGUCUAUAAUGUCACACCAUACAUGGAAUAUCAUCCUGGUGGCGAGGAUGAACUAAUGAAAGCAGCAGGAACUGAUGGUACAGAUCUCUUUGAUCAGGUUCAUCGUUGGGUCAAUUAUGAAUCGAUGCUGAAGGAAUGUCUUGUUGGGAGAAUGGCUGUCAAGCCUAUUGCUGCUCCAAAAGGGAUUCCUUCUACUCUAUCUGAAGAGAAGAAACAGCUUAAUGGUAUGCUUCCUGAGAAGAAAGUACUGGGUGCUUCUGCUAAAGAUUUAACUCCAAGCUGUGACUGGUUCCAAACUGAUAGUUCAAUCACCAUUGUCAUAUAUACUAAGCAGAAGGUUAUGAAUGCAGAGUUGGUGACAGUUGACUGCCAAGGCAAACAAUUAAGGGGAGAGAUCAUUGUGGAUGACCACUCAUAUGUUGUAGAAGUUGACUUGGAUCAUGCAGUUCAAGAAGACUUGGCUGUGAAUAUUGCUGAAAAAGUUGGGAAAGUAGAGAUUAUCUUAAAGAAAAAGGAUAACAUUCAUUGGAAAAUGCUGGGACAGCCCUUGGAGAGUCAUAAUACAUUUAUCAAACGCAUGGACAGAGGACUGUUCUACAGAAAAUGCAAGUUGGUUUCUAAGACAGAAGUUACCCACGACACCAAGCUCUUCUGCUUAAUGUUGCCUAAGAGCACGCAUCUCCAUGUUCGCACUGGACAACAUGUUUACCUCAAACAAAUCAUUGCAGGGACAGAGGUAGUGAAACCAUACACACCUGUACUGCCUUUUUUGCCACUGGAUUUUAAAGAACCAUCUCACCGUGAUGGUGCACAUAUAUAUUUAAUGAUUAAAAUUUAUUCCUGUGGACUGUUCACACAGGCACUUGACCACCUACAAAUUGGUAAUUAUAUUUCUGUCAGCAGUCCUGAAGGUAACUUCAAGAAGUCACAGGUUCAAACUUCAGAAGAUCUCUUUUUAUUGGCAGCAGGCACAGGCUUCACACCAAUGGUUAAACUGCUGGAUUUUGCUCUGACUGAAAUUAGUUGCCUCCGGACAGUGAAGCUGAUCUUCUUCAACAAAACAGAAGAUGACAUACUUUGGAGAAACCAACUGGAGCAAUUAGCUCUUAAAGAGGAAAGGUUUGAGGUUCAAUUCAUUCUUUCACAACCAACAAAGGACUGGGUGGGUAAACAGGGGAAGAUUUCUUCAUCUCUUCUCUCUGAGGUUGUGAAAAGAAGCAGAAGAGACUCCAAAGUGCUUAUCUGCAUCUGUGGUCCAACACCUUUUACAGAACAAGGAGUACAAUAUCUGAAGGAUCUUGGAUACUCCCCGGAAGAGAUACACACUUUUACUGCAUAAACCCAUAUGAGGAUAUCAAUGGUUGUUUGUAUAAUUCAAUCUUAUUUAUUUACCUUCAUGAAUUUAAUUGAGACACACACAAUUUUGUAAGACUUGAACUUUCACUCUUGGUACCAAACUGUUUCUUGGAAGAAAUAUAUCUUUGAAAAAAUUUUAUACUGUGUUUUAUCUUGGUUUUUGUAAAUAUUUUUGCUAAUUCAGGGUAUUAAUUUAUUGUAGAGGCAAGCAAAAAUGUAUAGUAUACAUUAUGUAAGAUAUUUCAUGUUGGUUCAUGAGAAUUCUUAAAUUUAUGACAAGCACUGAUUUAAGUUUUGACUUGAGAAGCUUAUUAUUUCUUACUGUAAAAAGUCUUAAGAGCGAUACUGUCUGAAAUUAAAUAUUGCACUGUAACUCAGGUAACCGAUCAUUGAAAAAUGUUCUUUUUUCAUCUGAAAUCUCUGUUUGAUUUGCAAGUGAUCCAGAUACAUUUUUGGCUUUGUAAACAAAGAAUAGAAGUACCUUUGGUAAAACAUAAAAAAUUUACAUCAAAUAAUAAAAUUUAAUAAUUUUA